AUGAGAAAUUCCGUGUCAGAGGACGAUACCGAAUCUAAUAUUCUGAAUGAAAAUGGCAAAAGACCUAAAGAUUCCGACGGCCAGGUCAAAAAGCGGAUUAAAACUAAAAGUUUAUACAGGCAACCGACAGCAAAUGAAUUGAAUCGACUUCAGGAAACCGAACAGCUAUUCAACUCCAAUCUUUUCCGACUUCAAGUCGAAGAAGUCCUCGAAGAAGUCAAAGUUAAAGAGAAAACCAUAAAACGCUUCACGGAAUGGUUUAAUAAUUUGAAAACUUACUUACUCUCAAUUACAAAUGACGAAACAGAGUACGAUUUAAGUGAAAAAUCCUUUGUAAACAAACUAAAAAUUCAAUUACCAGUAUGCAGGCAGAUACAAAAAACAAAAGUUAUGUUCAAAUUUCACAAAUUCCACGAUGUCGAUGUCGUAGGAUCGUACGCUCUAGGCUGCGGUAUAAAAUCAAAAUUAAUAGUCGACCUGCAAAUAACUGUCCCGGCGGAAACAUAUGCUAAGAACGACUCCAUUAAUUACAAGUACCAUUUAAAACGUGCUGCUUACCUCGCGUAUAUUGCAUCUUAUUUGAGUAAAUAUGAACAUAUUGACGAAAUAAACUAUUCUUAUCUUAAUAGCGAGACAAAACCAAUCAUAAUUAUCAAGCCAAGUGGUAAGCUCGCCAAAGCUGUUACUGUAAACCUCGAUUUGGUAUGCGAGGCUGAAGCUUAUAAACUUCACCGCUUCGCUCCUGAUCGAAAUAAUUUACGAGAGUCUUGGCUUCUGGGAACCGAUAAAAAGGAUACCAACGAAACGCUCACACCUACUCCGUACUACAACAGUAGCGUACUCCGAGAUCUCACUGCCAAUGUCAAUCAGGAAUUCUUAAAGCAGAUUAUACUUAAUAGUGAAAAUUUAAAACAAGCCAUUGUCUUACUCAAGAUCUGGGUGAGGCAGAGAAAGCUUAAAGUGUCCGGAUAUAUCAUUAGUAUGUUGGUAGCAUAUUUUGUUCAAAACAAGAGAGUUAACAACAUCAUGAGCAGUUACCAGAUUGUGAGGAAUAUUUGGAUUGCUUUAAAAUCUUCCGAAUGGGAUGUUAAAGGAAUAACACUUUGCAAAGAAAAUUCGUCAUUAGAUGAAUAUCACAACCAUUUUCCCCUGGUUUUCCUUGAUAAGACGGGAUGCUAUAAUAUAUUUUGGGAAUUAUGCAAAGGGACCUACUACGCUUUGAGGAGAGAGAGUUGUCUGGCUAUUGAGAUACUUGAUGAUGUUAAAAUUAACAGUUUCAUUCCAUUGUUCAUGAAACCGAUCACACCACUGAUUCAAUUUGACCAUAUAAUUGGUUUUAAAGACUUAAAAGCAGUGCAAGAUGCUGUUAUAUCAAGAGCUGUAAGCACAUCCAAAGCAAACUACGGCCUGGAUCUUUUAACGAUGGUUACAAAUAUACUAUACGAUUUACUGAUGAAAGGUCUUGGACAGAGAGUGGAUUUGGUUUUGCAACUAGUUGAUCAUGAAUUCUCUUGGCCUAUAAAUAAUGUUAUGGAGAAUGCUAAGAAAAAUGGGUAUAAGGAGCUAUUAUCCUUUGGAUUAAUUCUGAAUCCUGAGAUGUUAUCGAGUACUGUUGAUAGAGGUCCCUCCGCUGACUUACCUGAAGCCGAGCAGUUCAGGGAUUUCUGGGGCGAGAAGUCCGAAUUACGUCGUUUUCAAGACGGGUCAAUAACCGAGGCGUGUGUUUGGGAUGGCCAGGGGACUGUUCCUAAACAAAUAGUUGACUACCUUAUGAAGGUCAAAUAUGGCGUGUGUUCCGUGUUUCACUGGUCGCGCCUCCUGUCUCCGCUCGUCCCUUCAUCAUCAUCAUCAUCUUCUGUUCGUUCAUCAGCUGAUGUUCUUCGGACUCGACUCGCGGACCUUGAACUACCUCUGGACAUCAGCUCUGUACAAGGUGUGUCGCCUGUGUUCAGUAGUACGGAGCCCGCCCCUCCACUGCGACACAGCGAGCAUAACCCGCGACGCCGCGGAGACGCGAGCCUCAUCAAGGACCAGGGGGAGUUCAGACUACCGCCCUACGUGCGCGCCAACACACUCAUUAUAGAACUGAUUCACAGCGGUAAGUGGCCGGGCGAGCUUCAAGCGUUCCGCUGUCUGAAAGCAGCUUUUCACUUACAAAUAGCUGAGAAGCUGAAAAGUCAAUUCAAUCUAGCGACACUGGCUAGGCCAGAAUAUCUAGAUGUUUUGCAAGACGGACUAGUAUUUAGGCUUAAAAUAGCACAUACUAAAGAAAUCACAUUAUUAAGGAGAGAACUUGUGAAAGGAGUCGUUACCUUGAGGGAAACAGAUGAAAGUUUACAACUAUACUGCGAUACAGUCAUCAUGCCUAAACUAAGAGGAGCUUUGCAUGGUCUCGACCGCCGUUACUCGGCCUUCGCCCCCACAGCGUGUCUGUUCAAGCGCUGGCUGUCCUCUCACCUCCUGCACGUCCCGGGGGCGGCGGCUGAGCUCCUGGUCGCAUACAUAUUCCUGCAACCGGCGCCGCUCGUGGCCCCUCGCGACUACGACACAGGACUAUACAGGGUGUUGACGCUGCUCGCACAACACGACUGGGGAAAAGAUCCGCUUGUGGUGGACUUCAACGGAGAUAUGACCCGUGAGGAGAUGUCAGAGUUAGAGACCAAGUACCGUGAGAUCUCUCCUCGGCCGCAUGUGUUCAUCGUGACUCCGUUCGACGGGGAGUGUCCCGGGGCCUGUAGUGGGGGAAUCGGACCGGAAGUGACGUCACGAGCGGUCACUUUAGCGCGGGCGGCGCUGGGACACGCGGAGGAAGCGUUACACAUGAUGAAAGACGAUAUAUUGGGCCUAUUCAUCCCCUCCCUAGUAGGUUAUGAUGUCAUCAUUCACCUAUUUCCGUCCCUAGUACCUCUCUACUCACACCGUGUAGGCGCCAACCGUUUACAACCAGUUAACGAUGACCCCGGCUCCGCUGAACUUAUACCAGUGGUUGAGUUUAACCCGGUUGAGUUAUAUUUGGAAGAAUUAAGAAGCGCAUAUGAUGAAUUCGCGGUGUUUUUCAACGACCCGUACGGUGGUGACGUCAUCGCUGUUCUUUGGAGACCCUCCGUAGAAGAGGAGCGACAGCUAGAGGUACUCAACGCAAACGCAUUAAAACCUGUGAGUGUCAAAGAGAACUCUUAUAAAGUUAACUUGGACGCUAUAGUUGAAGACUUUAAAAUACUUGGCAAAGGACUUGUUAAAGAAAUUGUUGUUAAUAAUAAUUAA